UCGAUAUCAGGAGAUGCCAUAGGGCCUAUCGAAUUGUUAUAUUAUAUUCAUAAUAUCAUUCUUAAAACGCGAAUACGCGAUCCGAACUAGCACGCUUUAAUUGAUUUUAUAAAGAAAUCAGUUAAGCUAUUUAAUCAAGUCGCGUUGUUCAACCUGACUGGGCAUUUAACUCGGCAUACAGCGAUCAAAAAACCAUUCUAUCCAAGGGUAGGAUAGAACGGUAACCUAAGCCCAAAAAAAAACAAAAAUAUGGAAUUGUGUUAACGACGUGCUUUAAAGGGCAAUUUUGUCCGUAUCUACCGAACUGCUGGAUUCCGCGACUACAGUUUUUGUCCGGAAUGCCUGUGAACGAUGUGGCCCCCUCCGGUGGUGGAGUUUAUCCAGAAAAUGGAACCAAGCACAAGACGCAGGUCAUGGCGAAACCGGACUCUUCAGUCGUUCCAAAUUCCGGUGCUGGAUCGGGACUUUCGCUUUUCUCACUGCAGGGCCAGAAGUGGCAGCAGGUUUUGGACAUGGACAAGGUCAUUAAGCACCUGCGAACGGCUGAGAAAAUCUAUCUUCGGGGUGGAAAGAACUCCGCCGGCGGAGAUCAGCAUGCUAAAGUUCAGGUCCAGCGUCUUCAGUCGGCGGAUAUGGCCUACUAUGACCUGGUUCCCAAGCUGGCCAGCCGGGAUAUAGUACUUUGUAGUUCCUGCUCGGGAUGUUACACAAAGGCAGGCUUUCAGCACCAUAUUGCACUGCAGCAUCCGAGCGUCUGGGAGGCUACAUCCGGCAAGGUCAACCCCAAUCCAAAUGGGUCCACCAUUUCCAGCGACUCGCGUCUCACUGCCACUGAAAACAGCCAGGAGGGUGGAGCCAUUGUGCCAAGUUCUCCGACGGACACACUUUCGGCUUCCACGCUUUCCAGCUGUUCAAACGGAUCCAGCAGCUCGGCCUCAUUGCAGCAUCUGGCUGGAGUAGGAUCCUCCACCACCUCUUCCUCAUCCUCGUCGCGUCACAAGAGUAGCAGCAAAAGCAGUAGCUCUUCUUCAUCAAAGGGCAGCAGCAGUACUUCAGCUGGAAGUCGUUCGCGGUCCAAGUCGUCGAAGAAUCGCCACCACUCCUCUCCAGCUCCGGCUCCUUCGUUGGAGUCCAGUCACAAGGAAUCCAAGGGUUCAAAGAAGAGCACCGCUAUAGCUGCUCCACCCGUUGUUGCUCCUGUAAAAGAGGAACCUCCAGCAGCAGUAGCUGCUCCGGCCAUUACCGUGUUCUCCUCCUCAAGUAACUCAUCCUGCAGUUUACCGCCCACUCCUACGUUAGGAGCAGCCGCAAGCGAGGUGGCACUGGGGGUCAACUACUCACCUGCCCAGCUUCAGACGGAGACUGAAAAGUUGCCUGAAGUGCAGCCCAAGAAGAAGUUGAAGGGCUCCAGCGAUCAUCGAACAAAAGCGGAGAAAGAGAAGAACAAAGAAAAACCCCUGGUUAAUUCCUACGAGCAGCAGCAAGUACUCAGCGAGCUGGAUCAGGCGGUAUCCUCGAUUACGGGAGCGGUUUCAUCCGAGCAGGUGGCACCCGAAGAGGAGGAACUGCCUUUGCCCAACACCUCCGAUGAGAAUUCCAUUUCCCAGACACUUGACGAGAUGCUGGACAGCAAGUUGAUCAAUGAGAUUCUCAAUAACUUUGAUGAGAGCGCCUUGGACACAUCACAACAGCAGCCACAACAGCAAUCGCAGAAUGGAACUCUUCCCCAUCCCGCGCAAGCCACCAAAAGACUGCGUUUCGAGGACGGCACUAUUGGCGAGGAUUAUACCGUAUAUCAGCAACAGUCGGUGCAGCAGGUUUACGGCGAGGAAGAGCAUCAGCAAGAACUGACUACCAUUGAUGCCAUGCAGUUGCAGCAGCUGAUCUAUCAACAACAACAGAUGCUUGAACAGCAGCAACUGCAGGAGCAACAGCAGCAACAGGAACAGAAGCUGCAUGAUCACGAGCAGCAGCGUCAGUUUAGCGUUUACAACGUGCCAUCCUUGACGGAUGAAGCCCUGGGCAAUCCUCACCAGCAACAGCAGCUGGAGGAGCACAUGAUCCUUCCCAGCAUCAUUUACGAGAUCAGCGAGACGAAUCCCGUUUCCAUGCUAGAGCAGCAAAAGGUUUUAGCCGAAUUCCUAACCCAUGCGGGCUACGAAAAUGUAGACGUGAAUGUCGUGCAAUCGGGCAUGCAAUCUGGUUUGAGCUCUGGAACUGAAAUAAGCCAUUUGGCAGAUGAGCUGGGCGACUUUGAGUUCAGUAAACUGGAGACUGUUAGCGACACCGUAAAGACUGUUAAGCUGGAGGCCAAGGUCGCCAGCCAGCCACCCACAACAAAUCCACAAAUAAACCAUCAUCCAACGCUGGCCAAUGCCAAAUACCAUGAAGACAGCUAUUUCAAUGUGAUGCUGUACUCUGGAUCGCCUCGUCCUUUGGCCAUGAACACAUUUGGUAUGGUCAAGAUGCCCCAGGGAUUGGGAGUAACUUUUCGUAAAAAUCUGCUAACCACGCGGAAGGCCAACAACAAUUUGUUGUCUCUGGCAGGCGGUAGUCAUUUGGGCGUGGUUGGACAGCUGGCUCGCCCACCACCGCCGCCCUCGCCGGCGUUAAGUAAUGGAGUUCCUGGUAAGAAUCCCGCUUCAGGCAGAACCAUAUACGCUCAGAGAUCGAAUGUCAUAGCACAGGAUCGAUUGAGAUGCAAUAAAAGGGCGCUAGUCGGCAAAGGUGGAGCGGGAGGAAGCGGAUCACCAGGUGUCAUGACGGCCAAGCGUUUAAAUGAACUGCUAAUGGGAAAGGUGAAAAAGGAAGAGAAACCUUCACCGGAAAGUGAGGAAGGAGGCGAGCAUCCUAUGAAAGACAAGGAUCGCGAAAAGGAGGAGGAUAAUAAGCUGACCUUCAGUUUCUAUGAGAAACGUCGGCGUCUGUUAGCGGGCAAACACGAGCAACUGCAGACGCUCGGCCGACCCAGCUUCACCCUCCCGCUGCAAAGUAACCACAAUGCCAUCCAAAUUCAGAACAAUUCGCCGCAACAGAUCCUCAAAAAGCAACUGCUGCGCACUUUAUCCGACAGCAGUAGCAACAUAAACAUCAGCAAUAUGAACAGCAGCAACACUCCCAGCGCCAAUAGCAAUCCUCCCUGGAAGGGGAACAAUUCCAAUCCGGGAGGGAACUCCACUCCAACCAGCAGCGACUUGAUGCGCGUCUUCGUCUGAUCUGAGACUCAGACCCAUGGACACGCAUUCCUAGUUAUACAUGUUUAUACAAUACGAUACGAUUAUGUGCAGACACUUCUAAAUGCUAAAUUAAUUUUUUAAUAGUUUUUUUAAAUCAAUUGUUCAUUUUUUAAAGUGAUAAUUAGUUUUCGAUUAGUUGAUUGUAUGUAGUUCUCUGUUUAGUCUAUGGCCUAAGUUAAUUUAACAAAUACAAUUAUUUACAAUUAUUUUUUCGCGGCUAAGCAUUACGCUAAGUACUCGUAAAUCAUUAUUUAUAAACGCUGUAAACUUUACAAAUACAAGAGCAUGCCUAAGUUCAAUUUUAA